UUGUUCUACUUUGUUUCUGCGCUCGGUUUACUUUUCUUCUGGAUUGGAGUACAUGGUUGUCUUUUUUUUUUUUUUUUUUUUUUUCUCUACAAAUGGGUAUUUAGGGUAUCUAAAAAGGGUACACAAAAGGAUGUUAGAUGGUACAUCUGAGCUUCGCGGCUCCGGAAUGGAUUGGUUUGGAAAAGGCAAAUGCACAUUCAUUCUCUACUUUCCUUGAUCUCUUGAUUCCAUAUGCUCGAAGUACUCUGGAUGGAUUGUUGAAUUGGGUCUUGUACUGGUAUGUAUGUAUGGUAUGGUAUGCAUGGAAUACGGCAUGGUUUGUUUGGUAUGGUGCGGUCUGGUAUUUACUGGUAUGGAUUUAGUAGUAGUAUAUCAUAGUCAAUAGUAUCAAUGUAUAGCUCUAAGCGGAC